AUGGAGAAGAGGGUGUUAUUAGGAGUUCAAAAUAAGAACAAUCCCAUCAAGAAAAACAAGAAAAGGUUCCUCAAGAAAGUUGUGGACUAUAUGAAAUCUGAUUCUUACAUGUUUGCUCCUUUAAUCUCUAACCAACCUGCUGAUUUUCUUGCAUCAAAGAGCAGCUCUUCUUCUAUUACAGCUGUGGAAAUGAAAGAAGGCAUGAAAGAGAGGAAUAAGAGAUUGCUGGAGAAGGUUGGAGAUUACCUGAAAUCUGAUACCUACAUGUAUGCUCCCUUCUGUGAUCAACAGGUUAUUUCUCUUAAAGUCAUCGCCAGUGUAGCGAGUGCUAGGUGGGCACAUCCCAUUGUUUAUACCAACAUGAUUCAUAUCAUAGAAAUCACAAGGUUUUAUGCUGGCUUUCAACCUACUGUAAUCCUCCUCCUCUAUCCCGUCUUGAGACAAGCUAUUCUAACCUAA